UUUCCUUGGCCGAAAGACAAUCGGUUGGUGUGGAUUGAGAUUAGCAGCCCAGAAGACUUGGCUCAGCGAUCAAAAGCCAACUUCGGCCAGACCGAGGUUUGCAAGCGUGUUGUGCAACUCCUUACUAGCCCCAUCUCAGAUGCUAAUUCACAGCCUGCAGAAUUCCAGCAACGAUCACUGGCUAUCUUGACUCCAUAUACUCGGCAGAAAGAAGCACUUAGCAGUGCUGUCACUACGGCCGAAGUAUCUUCUAUUGACGGUUUCCAAGGCCGAGAAGCAGAUGUUGUGAUCUUCGUUACUGUGCGGUGUAAUGUAUCACACAGCAUUGGUUUUCUUGCCGAUAUGCGCCGGCUGAACGUUGUUAUGACUAGAGCAAAGUGUGGCGUUAUAAUUAUUGGGAACAAGGAAACACUU